AUGAUGAAGAAUCUUCGCAUCCUCGUCGCUCCCAAUCAGCCGUCCUCUCGCUUCUUUGACGUCGCCUUCAUCAAAUCGCUUCGUUCGAACUAUCUGUUCUCUCAGCUUCCCUUCUUUCAUUUGGUAGAAACCAGCAUUUGCAGGAUCACGCUGCUCAAUACGCAGCUCGCGCAGUCGGCCAGCUAUCAAAAGACGAUCGACACGUUCCUCCAAGACGUGGACCGACACAUUAUGGACAUUCGCCAGGCAUCGAUGAACGAUCCCGAUGUGCGACGCCAGCUGCUUCGAUUGGAGCAGAUUUCGCAGCUGUUCCACGGGAUUGGGCCGCGCGUGCAGAUCUUGGAUCAGAACGUGAAGAAGUAUAUGAAACUGGCGGAGUUGCGGAGAGUAACGAUGCUGGAUGCGAUUGACACGAUCACGACAGUGGACCAGUCGACUUAUUGUUUGCCGGACGAUACGCAAGUAGCUGCGAUUUUGGAGAACCUUCAUGACUCGUAUUUGAACAUGAAGCUGAUUGGGAUUCGCGCGGAUGUGAUUAAUGUGCUGCUUGCUGCGCAGAUUUGCUUGUGGAAUCUUAUCAGUGUGGGAUGGGAACUGCACGAAAUGAGACUGCGGAAGGUGCACAAAGAGAUGAGCUGGGCGAACUCGACGGGGAAGGAAAUGACGAUCACUUCGAAAGAAGACUAUUUGUCUUCGACAUACGACAAGGCGCUGCAAAUCGAUCAGUUAUUCACGGAAUCGUUGUUGAAGUUCCUUCAAAACACGCGAAAAGACCUGUUUGGUACAGCAAUGACGGAUGUGGAUGUGGAAACGAGGCAAGUGUACACGAAGAUUAUGAAUCUGUGGAAGGAAAAAUCGGAGGAAGAAGAGCUGGAGAAGGAAUUUCAGGAUCUAACGAAACAAACAGGAUAUAAAGGAAUCUCAAUUUAA